GUGCAGGGAGAUAGAUUUAUUUCCCCCAAGUGACUGGAUCUGUUCUGUGCAAGGUCUGCACUGGGACAAGGGGAGGAGAACAGACGCAGAAGCAUUAAGUGUGCUUGAAAUUAUGACCCACUGGGGGAAGCAGAGGAAAGUUGCCUUUUAUGGUCCCCAGCAAAUCCUGGCCACAUCUGAGAGCAUCCCUCAUGCGCAGCCCAAUGGGCUGCUCCCUGUUGAGAGAACGGGGGAUAAAACACAAACCCAACCAAACCCAGCCCCUUCUGGUCACUGGGGAGGUUCUGCAGCUGGGAGCUCGCUGUGCCAGACCGUGGGAGCGCCGAGCCUCAGCAGCCAUGAACGUGAGAACCGCGCUCGUGCUCCUCGCUCUGGCUUUAGCCACCGUGUUGGCGCUGGUCUGUGUGCUGCUGACCAGGGGCAGGGCCCCCGCUGCCUGCCCGCACCAGCCCCCGGUGCAGGAGGACCCCGACGGCGGCCAGAGCCUGGUCUUUGCGGACCUGACCCCCGCCGAGCUGGCCCAAGUGGUGCGGUACCUGCAGGGACACCUGGGGCUGCGGCUGGUGGACGCCGCGCGGGCAAAGCCCUCCGACAACUGCAUCGCCUCCGUGGAGCUGCAGGUCCCGGCCAAGGCAGAGGCGCUGCGGUUCCUGGACGGGGCGGGGGCUCGUCCCCCCCGCGAGGCGCUGGCUGUGCUCUACUUUGGGGAGCAGGCAGAGCCCAACGUCACCGAGUACGUGGUGGGGCCGCUGCCGGCGCCGGUGUAUCACCGGGACGUGACGGUGCGCAGGUACGGGGGGAAGGUGCCGUACCACCGCAGACCCGUUACCGGUAAGGAGUACAUGGAUAUCAACGUCCUCAUCCGGACGGAGCUGCGAAAGGCUCCGCGAUUCCUCGCUGCUUGCUGUGAGUCUGAUGGGACCGACCUGGCCACCCUCACAACGGCCCCACGUGGCUUCAAGUCCGGUGACCGGGCGACCUGGUUUGUCCUCUUCCAUAGCGUGGCUGGUUCUGGCCAAUACCUCUUGCCGGUGGGGCUGGAGGUGCUGGUGGACCAUGGGGAUCUCGAUGUCUCCCUCUGGCAGCUGCGCCGCAUCUUCUAUAACGGGCACUACUUUACCAGCAUGGGGGAUCUGGAGGAAGCGUUUGUGGCCAACUCGCUGGAGGUUGUCAGGGUCCAGAAGCCUCGGGCUGAAUCAGUGCUGGGCUCAAUGAGGCUUCGGCACCAGCCCGGCUCCCCGGGUCCGCUGCAUUAUGAGCCCCAGGGUCCCCGCUACAGCGUCGUGGCCAACCGCAUCACCUUCCAGGGCUGGAGCAUCACCUUCGGCAUGAGCCCCAGCUCUGGCCCGCGCUUCUUUGACAUCAGGUACCGUGGGGAGAGGAUCGUCUAUGAGCUGAGCCUCCAGGAAGCCUUAGCCCUGUACGGCUCCAACUGCCCCGGGGGCAUGUCCACCCGCUACCUGGAUGGGAGCUUUGGCAUCGGCAGGUUUGCCUACGAGCUCGUCCGAGGCCUCGACUGCCCCUACACCGCCACCUUCGUGCACCAGCACUACCUGGUGGAGUCGGACACCCCCAAAACCAACCAGAACUCGCUGUGCGUUUUCGAGCACGACGCUGCUCUCCCCCUGCGGCGCCACUUCUCUGACUCGCACUCCUUGUACUACGGGGGGCUGCGGAAAACCGCGCUGGUCGUGCGCGCCAUCUCCACCCUCAUCAACUACGACUACAUCUGGGACUUCAUGUUCCACAGCAGCGGGGCCGUGGAGGUCCGCGUGCACGCCACCGGCUACAUCAGCACCUCCUUCCUCCACGGCCAAGGCACCGACUACGGCAGCAGGGUUGGGCCCCACACGCUGGGGACGAUGCACCUCCAUCACAUGCACUACAAGGUGGACCUGGAUGUUGACGGGCAGCUGAACUCCCUGGAGACCCAGGACAUGGGGUACAAGCUCAUGAAGGAACCCUGGAGCAUGCAGAACACCAUUGAGCGGCUGCACCUCCGCAGGAAGAGGCUGGAGAGGGAGGAUGAGGCGGCGUUCCCGCUCAAUGCCCCCAUGCCCCGCUACGUCUCCUUUGCCAGCCCCAAUUCCAAUAAGUGGGGGCAUCCGCGCAGCUACCGGAUCCAGAUCACCAGCUUCGCUGGGGAGCACCUCCCCAUCAGCAGCCCCAUGGAGAGAGCCAUCAGCUGGGGCAGGUACCAGUUGGCCGUCACCCGUCGGAAGGAGGAGGAGCCCAGCAGCACCAGCAUCUACAACCAGAACGACCCCUGGACGCCCACCGUUGCCUUCGCCGACUUCAUCAACAACGAGACCAUCACCAACGAGGACCUGGUUGCCUGGAUCUCAGUGGGGUUCCUGCACGUCCCCCAUGCUGAGGACAUCCCCAACACGGUGACCGUGGGGAACGGCGUCGGCUUCUUCCUGAGGCCCUACAACUACUUCGAUGAGGACCCCUCGGUGGACUCACCCGAUGGCGUCUACUUCAACAGCGAGCAGGACCCCGGGACGUGCGGAGCCAACCCGCUGGCCUGCCCGCCCCCAGCCUGUGCCCCCCAUCUGCCCCCCUUCCGAUACGGGGGGUUCCUCAACCUCAGCCUGGCCCCGCUGCCUGGUGCACUCUGAUGGGGAAGGGGCUGCUGCUGCCCAGCCCCUUGGUGUAUGGGGUCCUUGGAGGGGGUCCUGGACUGCCCUCCCC